AAUGGUUGCAGAUAAGAGAGAGAGACACCACAUAUGGAAGAUAAGGUGAGAAAAAAGAUAAGUUGGAUUGCAUGGCAUAGCAAAGUGUGAGAGAAGAUGAGAAGUGUGAGCCUGAGAGCAGAGGUUGGCAUUCCAUCAUUAUGUCUGAAACCCAAGAAAUUAGUGCAACUCUCUUCGAAUGCCAAAAUCGCAAUCCCUCUUAGACGGAGGCUGCCACUACUCAGACUUGAAAUUGGGCAUUCGCGGAGUGUCAUAAUGGGAGCGCUGUGUGUGGGUGUGGGGAUACUGGCGGUGGUUCUCAGUGAAGACAAGGCCUGGGCUUUGGGCCCACAAGGCCCACUUGUGGAGGAGUUUUGGGACAACGUCCGCAGAUACGGACUCUACGCUCUCACCGUAAGCACAGGUGCGCUUUACACCAUAUUUCGCCCCAUUGGGGAACUCCUCAAGAAUCCCAUUUCUGCUAUUUUCAUACUUGCCAUUUUCGGAGCUUCCAUUUACCUUGUUUCUCAAGUCCUCUCUGCCAUGGUUGGUGUUUCUGAAUUUUCUUACGAUUAUGGAUACUAGACUAGACUAGACUACCUCCAAUAAACCCCUUUAUGUCAUAUUAUUAUUACAGCACCCUACCCUGUAAUGUAAAACAGCAACUUUUAGCUAUUUGUAUUUCACAAGAUUACUAACUCUCUCUUUUUUUUUA